CUGUCCUUGGGUUGACCAUGACUUGUACCCUUAUAGUUGAUCCUGAGCUGCCCAGCAACACCAAGGAUAAGGCUGUGGUGAGAAGAGAUGGGCUCCUGCACACUUUCCUCUCUCGCCUUUCUCAGUCCUGGCCGGUCACUUCUGUGAUGCGUGCUCUCAAUGGUUUCUGGUGGCUACUGGGGCUCUCGCCAUUGAAGAUCCUGCCCUCCCCUAUGUUCUCACCGCCUCGCCAGCAUCUUGCAGUGAGGAAGCGUUUGUCCCGUAUUACCCGGCUGGUGCUGGCAAUCCUGCCGCAUCGCGUCCAGGGUGCGCUGGGCUUCCCGGUCUGCACCAGCAUCGGCUGCUCUGUGUCACCAGAGGUAAGCAGCUCUCCCACAAAGCCUUGUGGAAAAGGCUGUAAGAGGAAAUAUGACACAGAUGAUGAUGAUGAUGAUGAUGAUGAUGAACACCAGUCCUGGGUGGAGGUGCUUAACCAGGAGCUGGCAGAGGAGGACUGCAAAACAGACCCAGAUUAUGAGCCCAGUACUAUGGAGGAGACUGAUAGUGAGGAGUAUCAUACCCACAAUGAUACAGAAAGUUCCCUUGAAAUAGAGCAGUAUGGCAACCAUCUCAGAAUCAAAGAGCUGACAAAGGAUAUCCCUGCCGAGGCUUAGCAGACAGCAUGGUGAUCAGGCAAUCUGUUGUAAACUGCUGCCCCUCUACAGUCACUCAGAAGUUCUUAAUUUUUGUAUGUACAUAAUUUGUACACUUCUGAAAUGCAGUAAUAAAUUCAUUGUCUUUGAA